AUGGUGCCCGAUCCAGUUGAAGUCAUUGACCUGACAGAGCUUACCGACUCUUCUGACGACGAGGAAGACCUUGAUACCAGCCAGGAUGAAACCCAAUCGUCUUCCGAAGACGAGGGUAGUUCAUCUGAAGGUGGUGAAGUGGCUGUUGACGCGACAUCUCGCGCCGCCCUUCACCAUGCUAUUGCCUCUAUUUCAGAGAGCCACCUGCGCCAGGUUAUCGCCAAUCUUGUGGACAACGUUCCUGCUGUUGAGCGAGCGAUGGCCAGGGAACUUGUAUCUUUCGAUCCGAGGUCUCGAUCGGCAGCACCCCGAUGGGAGACUUGUGGCAAUUGUGGCGAAGAAUAUGAUCUGGAGGUGGACAGAGAGCCCAACGAGUGCAAAUUUCAUCCUGGAGAGAUCGAGGUUGACGAAGCAAGUUUUGUCGACUGGGAUGAGGAUUACCACGGCCCUAUGGAUACUCUUGCGAACCGGCGCGCAUACCCGGAGAAUUUUAUCUGGACUUGCUGUGAAGAAAACACCGGAAGUGAGGGCUGCGUUAUACAAGAGCACAUGCCCGCGGUACCACGGAAAAGGCAGCGACUCUGAUCAUACGAGCCCUUAUGAUGUAAGUACAUUGUUUUGUUCAUCGGUAUAUAAUCACUGACGUCGGCCCCGGAUAUCAUCGAUCACUCUAUUCGGCCUCCUGUAGACGAAUUCCGAGUACGAACUUUAUGACGCCUUGCAUCAUUGUACGGCACCGGUGCUAGCGUAUUAUUAUUUUCCUGAUUUGGAAUCCAGUCUUUCGACUCUUAUUGUUUCGUAUGUUUUCUACCAGUGGCGUGUGACUGUGACGUCUG